ACAUGUCUAUGGUCAGUGUCAUAAAAAAUUGAGAAAAAAAAAAAGAAAAGACUCCCAAAACACGAUAUCUGAGCUCACGUCACACGUCUUCGGGAUGAUGACAGUUGAAAUUUUUCGUUGAAAUUUCUUCAGAGUAUCGCAAACAAAUCACACUGGUCCGAAGGAAGUGCUUUAAAAUGAUAUAGUGAACUGCAUUGAAUGGGUUGGUUUUUGUUCGUGAAAGAAUUUUGACGGUGCAAAUCUGUGAUUAUUAUCACAACGAUGGAUGUCGACAAUGACUUCGAUCAGCAUUUGCUGCAGCAAUUCAGUUGCAUGGGGACUACUGAUAAGGAUGACCUGGUCAAGCAGUUGCAGAGAUUAUUGGCAGGGAGUCAGCUCAAUGAAGCAACAGCCACGUUUUUCCUGGAUAUGAACAAUUGGAACCUUCAAGCAGCUAUAUGCAGUUACUUCGAUUACGAAUCGCCGUUCAAAUUACCCUGUAUGACACUUCUUUGUGACAGUACGAUUGGCGAGGGUGAAUCAGUAUCACCCAAUACGAAAUUUCGUAAAUCAUGGCGAGUGCAGAACUCUGGAACUGAUCCAUGGCCAGAGGGCAUUUGUUUGUUGCAUACCGGUGGUGUUGUGAUGGGGGAUUGCACAAGGGUAGAAGUGCAAGCAUUAGCACCAAAGGAUACUACCGAAUUGAGUGUUGUCUUAACGAGUCCUAGUGAACUAGGAACGUUUCAGAGUAAAUGGAGAAUGAUGACUGCUUCUGGAUCCUAUUUUGGAGAUGUUAUUUGGGUGAUUGUGACUGUAAGUGAAGCAGGGACACUUGCUGUAACUCAACAACUGCAUCAGCUAAGUACUUCACAGUCCAAUGAUGUACAAAUGUGCUAGCCCCCCUUGUCCCCGAACUCCACGAUAUAUUCCUAAAUUUUUCUCUACAAAACCCUUGAAGAAGAUACAUCUAUUUUAUAAAAAAAAUACAAUAAAACAAUCUUAGGAUAAAUUCAGAGAACGUACUACGAUUAAUUCGUUAAUGAAGGCACUUGUUCCAUUUAUCGACAAUGAGAACAGAACAGUAAAAAAUAUGUAGUUGGAAUGCUCAGGUCCGCCAAGUAAUUUUAUUGUCCCAGCGGCCCUUUAACAAUAUUAAAUCGCUCCAACGAUGAGACGAUAAAAUUAACCUGGCCGUGAUUUUUUUCUUCAUUAUGUAUUGAAGCAAUCCCGAGCUCGUGUGACGUAGAUUCAAUGGCAGCCUCGAGGAAAUAUUGCUAUAUAAAUAGUAAACUUUUAAGAUAUCUUCGAUAUUACUAUAAAAAUUAGUUGAUCUUUACUUUUUUCAAUCAGGAAUAGUGAAAAUACAGGAGUUUCACAUUUUGUAAUAAUAUUCGAUGAUUCAAUCAGUGAUUUUGAUGGUUAAUCAGUCGUUGGAAAUGAUAACGGAUUAAUUAUUGCUCAUAAAUGCUUAUAUUUUACCGCAAAACAACGUUUUACGGUUCUUGGUAAUUGCAGAGGAGAGAUGAAGGAAAUUGGAUGUUUUUCAUUUUUUUAGAUAAAUAAAUCGGCAAUUCUUCCUUUCUUUACAAGCAGAAAUGGAGAGAGUAAACUUCAAUGAAUUUCACUGAUUUCCAAAGUUUUUUGUGGCUUCGAAUUUGAAUUAAAUUGAUCUACAUUAUAUGGUUAGACCAGAAACAUAUUAAUUGGAAAAAAAAAAUAUUCAUUGAUAUGAAUAUUGAUAUUUUAUCGAAGUAACAAAUAUCUGCGUUAUUUUAUUCUCCUUUGAAGAAUUUGAAUCGAGUAAUCAUGUGUAUGACGGUUAUUUUUCCCCUCAAUUUUUUUUAGCUUCACUUAUGUCCUAUUCCCGAGUUUAGUGAACGAAUGAAAUACUUAUUUUUAAAAUGGAUAAUGUGAUAAUGGAGCGUCUCAAUUGUACGUGGUCAGUGGAUGAUAUGUUUACUUUUAGAGACAGAGAUCUGUUAUUGAUUGUGCAACUGAUCUGUAUGGCGCGUUAGUCUU